GCACAUUCAUAAGAAUUCACUUUUCAUUCGUUUCAAUCAGCUUCACAACGUUGAACUUUCACCGAGACAUGGGACCUAUUUAAAUGUCGAACCGUUGAAUCAUAUGAUCGGCUAGCUAACGGCUAGAUUAGCAGAACGGUAAAUAACCAUUAACGUCACUUUGAGGGAAACAGCCGAGUCCAAGAAUGAACUUCAGGCGUUUGAACUUCCCUCCAGGGGGGUAUUUUACGGAUUAAUUUAGCAUGUGACUGCGGGGUUACAGUCUUCCCACUCAACCCUCACAUGCCUUCCUCCUCCAGACUGUAGUUAGCUGGCUAUAGCCUGCGGUCAGACUGGACACUUUCUUCUCUUUUAUUCACGGUAUCGAUAUAGGGAGCUAACGUUAGCUAUUAUCCAGAGUGAGAUGAAGUAAAUUAACACUGGACCAAGUUGUUUCGCUGGUCCCCAUCAUCAUCAUCAUCACAAGUACACUGCCCUGAAGAUGGAUGUGGCGUCUCUGACUGUUAACAAUGAGCUGGUCACUGAUGUGGUGGUGUCCUGGAAGUCUGAACACUGCUACAAGUGUUUGUUCCAGCAGCUAGGGGUGGUGCCAGCGUGGCCAGGUCCUGGUGUGCCCAGUGCAGUAGACUUCACUGUGAACACACAGCAUGGAAUCACCCUCCAGGUCAACAGCUCUCCUAGCAGCGUGGAUUUCUGCUCGGUUCCAUUCCACUUUGGGGAGCAUGGAAACUAUUCUUUGUGGGUGAAAAAUCUGACCGAUUCUGGAAUAAUCAGCUGCUCCAUGGUGACUGACGCAGAUCCUGUCAACAGCUACAUACCGAUCUUAACAGCUUUCCUCGUGUUUGCUGGACUGGCUGUAGUGUCAGCCAUUGGAGGAACAAUAUUGAGGCUUGAUGCAGUGAAGAGUAUACUCUUCCGACUGGGCAGUUCCAUGGAGACAGAGAGGCUGAUCAACUCUGAAUUGGGCUCCCCAGGCAGGAUAGUGGAGACAGUCACUGACAACAUCCUCCCUCCCCUUCCCACCCCCAGCAAGAGACUACGGUCCCUGGACACAUUCAGAGGUAUCUCCUUGGUCAUUAUGGUGUUUGUGAACUAUGGAGGGGGGCGAUACUGGUUCUUCAGACAUGAGAGCUGGAAUGGCCUCACUGUUGCUGAUCUGGUCUUCCCUUGGUUUGUGUUUAUAAUGGGGACGUCCAUUGCCCUGUCAGUCAACUCUCUGUUGCGUGUAGGCACAAGUCGCUGCUCACUGCUGUGGAAAACUGUGUGGAGGAGUCUGCAGCUCUUUAUCAUAGGAGUCCUCAUCAUAAACCCUAACUAUUGCCAGGGACCCUUAUCUUGGUACAACCUGAGGAUCCCAGGUGUGUUGCAGCGUCUGGCCUGGUCAUACCUGGUUGUAGCCUGCCUGAAUCUGUUGGUGGCCAGAGUUCACAUGGACAACCUGCCAUCAAGUGCAUGGUGGUACCCUGCCCGUGAGAUCCUACUGUACUGGCCUGCCUGGCUAUGUAUGCUUCUCUUGGAAAUGAUCUGGCUCUGCCUCACAUUCCUACUUCCUGUGCCAGGCUGCCCAACUGGAUACUUGGGUCCAGGUGGGAUAGGGGACAUGGGCCUGUAUCCCAACUGCACUGGUGGAGCGGCUGGAUACAUCGACCGCUGGCUGCUGGGAGAAAGCCACAUCUACCAGACCCCCUCUUCACGGGUGAUUUAUGCAACUCAUGUGCCAUUUGACCCAGAGGGCGUUCUGGGCAGCAUCAACUCCAUCUUCAUGACUUUCCUUGGAUUACAGGCAGGCUAUAUAAUCUUACACUACAAAGAUCUCCACUCAAAAAUAAUGUCCAGGUUCCUCAUAUGGGGUCUCAUAUUGGGAAUCAUAUCAGCGGUUCUUACCAAAUGUUCCAGAGACCAGGGCUUCAUUCCUGUCAACAAGAACCUAUGGUCUCUGUCCUAUGUGACAACCCUGGCCUGUUUCGCUUUUGUGAUGCUGGUCCUGGUCUACUAUACAGUGGAUGUGAAGAAGUGGUGGAGUGGAGCUCCAUUCUAUUACCCUGGGAUGAACUCCAUUCUCGUGUACGUGGGGCAUGAAGUGUUUGAAGAGUAUUUCCCCUUCCGUUGGCAAAUGAUCAACAGCCAAUCCCACGCCGAGCACCUUACUCAGAACCUCGUGGCUACUUCCUGCUGGGUCUUCAUCUCAUACGUGCUCUACAGGAAGAAGAUUUUCUGGAAGAUUUAGAAUUGGAGCCCUGCAGAGGAGUGGAGGACUAUGUUUCACAAACACAGCUGGAAUCAUGUUUUGGAGAUUUAGACAUUUGCAAAACAUCCAACAGGAGAAUGUUUUGUUUUAAUAUUUUUGUUUGUGAGUUCUUUACUUUUAAUGAGAACAUCUUUUGUGGGUCAUCUCUCUAUAUGACCCUAAAUGUUAAAGGACUUUCUCCAAAGAUUGUUACAUUUGGAGCAGCUGACUACUGCCAAAUAUCUUAACAUAACUCAGGAAGAAUUGGCCUAGGAAUGGUGUUAGAAGUUGUGAAUUAAGAAGACAUUGUUAAUUUUUCUACCUGUAAUAGACUUUUACAUAUCAUUCCAAGGCUGAAAAGUCUUAAGUACAGACAGAAUACAGUAGGCGUUUUGUAUCUGACAUGGUGCUCAUAUUGCAUUUUGGGUAAUGCAGGUAGGUGUGUGUGUGAGUAUGUGGGUGUGGGCAUUUUCUAUUUGAUCACACUACUAAAAACAGAAGAUACAGGCAUGUCCUUUUUCACAUUUCAGCCUUGCCAGCCCAGUAAUAAUUCACCUCAUUUUUUACCAAAGUAUUAGUUAUUUUUUUCCACAUUAACAUUUGCAAUGUGCAAUAGAAGUGCUGAAAAUUUAUAUAAUGUUACUGUACAGUCGGUAGAAGAAAAAAAGAGGAUAUCCUACAGCCGAUGUCAUUGUGAUGUGUUGUCAAUACACUUACCAUUUAAAUGUCAUUUCCCGUGCUUUGCCAAUAAAUUUAAAUGCCACAUUUUAUAAACUUUAUAUGCAAAUUCAUAUGAACAUUCUGUAGAAUAUACCAAGUAUGUGAACAGCCUUGGACAAAUAAAGCAUCUGGUAUGAGGA